GCGCCAUGGCAGUGGCGGGCGCGGCGUGGAGCCGGAGCACUCGCGAGUACAGAGUGAUCGCGCGCGCGCCAGUGUUGCAUCUGUGAUAGUGCUUGACUGCGAGUGACUCAAGAGAUCAUUGUGUUGAGCUAUGACAUUAGGGCAUGGGGUCGGCUUGUAGGUGAGCUGGUGGGCAAGAUAUCGGGCGCGCGGCGCGGCUCGGGCGGCGGAGGCUCCCCCAUGGUGCUGGAAGGCGGGCUGCCGGCGCCGCUGCAGCUGUAUGCGGCGGCGGCGGCUCAGCUGGCCCCCCGGCCUCCGUGGCCGCCGUUCCUGCCCUUCUUCGGGGUCCCGCCGCCGUUCCUGGCGCGGCCCAGGCUGCCGCAUCCGAUGCCGGCGCGGGCCCCUCACGGGCCCCCCAGCGAGGACUCCAAUGAGGAUGGUGCCAGUAGUAAAGGUGGUGUCUGCGACGAUGACGGUGACAGCGGCAAGAGGCGGCGCUCCCGAACGAACUUCAACUCCUGGCAGCUCGAGGAGCUGGAGCGAGCAUUCCUCGCGUCACACUACCCUGAUGUGUUCAUGCGGGAGGCUCUGGCUAUGAGGCUGGACCUUAAAGAGAGUAGGGUUGCUGUAUGGUUCCAAAACCGCCGAGCGAAGUGGCGCAAGAAGGAACACACAAAGAAAGGACCAGGUCGGCCAGCUCACAACGCUCACCCGCAGUCCUGCUCCGGAGAGCCCAUACCUCCGCAUGAGCUCAGGGCUAGAGAGAGGGCGAGAAGAAGAAAGAAGUUGGCAAAAGCGUUGGAGAGACAAGCAAGAAAGCUGCGGGCUAAAGGCAUUGCUGUCGACCUGGAGGCUCUGAAAGCAGAGUACCUAGCGCAGCACAAGAACAGUGGGCUUUACUCUGACUCAGACGGGGACGCUGAAGGAGAGGACAGCAUGAUCGAUGUUGUCGGAGGAGACUCCUGCCAUGACUCGGGACCUGAAGACUUCUCACUGUCCGGCAGACUCCGGGCCCCCUCGGGCGCCGACGGCAUGAACCACUCCGACAGCUCCACAUCAGAUGGUCACUCCGCAAGGAACUUCAGCCCCAUCCCGGACCCUCAGCCCUCCUUCUUCAAACACUUCGGCGGAGCCAGCACGAACUUCGAGAAGUUCGAUUUCGACUCCGGCCGAGCUGUCUCCUUAGACCUGAGCGGCGGGGGCCACGCCACCGAACAGGACAUGUCCAAAAACGGGGGAACAAGAAAACAUAAUCCUUUCAGUAUAGAGUCGUUGCUUAACACGUGAAAGUGACUGUAACUUGUGACUAUAGAGGCUCUCGUAUCGUGACUACACCAGUGAAGUUCGCGCUGUGACUCGAGUGGAACAACAGUGACGUAACGUUCUAACAUCCAGGUACUUGUCAUACAAAUGUAGACUUUUGGCUUAGUAUCUUAAGGUGCAAAUUACUUCGGGACCUAAUGAUUCAGCGAAUGUGGCGUCAGUACUGUUGCGCUCGAACAGCCCUACAGGCAUUUCAGAGAUGUUCCUUUGCUUACAGUUAAACAAUUGUUAUUAUCACUAGAAGUAAUCAGCUUGAGUAAAGACUUGAUGAGUACCAUAUAACUACAUAUCUCGUGUGAAUACUAGAUCUAGGUGAUGUAUUAUAUAGGUAGUAGUGUAUAUAAUAAUUAUUAUCUAUAUUUAUUUCCUUUAAUGUUAAUAUAUUUUCUUUACAAUCGGGGCAAUAAUUUUAUAUUGAAAUUGUUGAUGAUGUGGUAAUUUUAUUAUUUUUGAAAUUUUCAAAUUUUAUUUGUUGACUUACCAAAUGACGAAGUUCUUUAAAAUAAUUAAAACUAAUACUAAAGAAAUGCGUUUUGUACACGCGAUCUGCAUAUUUAACGGAACGAAACUUGUAGUACCUAUGACUUGUACGAAGGGCAAUCGGCUUAAAAUGCAAUGCUCAAUUUGUUAACCUUUUCACGAACCACCCGCCAGUUAACGGCUCAAACAGUUAUACUUACAAGUAAACAAAACGCUAACUAAGCCCAUUAGACAAACGCUGUACAAUUUACUUAAUUACGACUCCAUUACCGUAUAAUUCCUUGACAGUAGCACUUUGUAACAAUUACUGCGAUACAUGACAAACCUAACAUUAUCGAGAGAAAAAUAUUAAAGCUGAGCUUAAACCAUUUGUCAACGACAAAUAGCCGAAAUUACAGGCAACCGUGAAAAGUAAAUUGCACGUAUUUCAAUAAUGCUUUCGAAAAAAUAUACAAAAUGAUCUGAAAUUAUUGUGUUUGAUUAUUUCAAAAUCACACAACCGUCGUAAUUAUAUAUACAUUUUUCACACACCACGUUGCAUACAAAUUACAUAAACUAUUCAUAUUUUAUUGGUUUGGUUCACCGCGUAGAACUCAUAAACUUAAGAAAAGUACACAUAAAAUAGUGUGCAAUAAAAUAAGUAUUUAAGAAUUGAAAAUCCAUCUCAUUUUAUAACAGAAAAUAUAAACUUCAAUAAACAUUAAUGCUUUUAUCAACUUCUUUGAUAUAAACGGGCAAGAACUAGAACAAUAGAGGCAUUAAAACUAAUUAAAAAAAUCCAUUUGCCAAAUAAAAAUGGCGGCGCAAAUACAAUUACUAUUGGCGAAAGAAAUACAAUCUCUCGUCGUAAAAUAACAACAAUUAAUGAACGUAUAAUGCGUAACGACCGAUAAGAGAGCCAAUUAGCAAAACAAUAUGGCCGCGCUCACUUUAUUGCCAUUUUUACUUACUCCGCAGUGAGUUUAAUAGGUACAUAACAAUGUGCAACCCGAUUGGUCAUGGAGUUAUUGUCUCGAGCCGUUGGCACGUGAAAUUAUCCUACUUUGACUCGCUAUACAACACUUUUAUGAAUGCCUCGUCGGCUCAAAUCUGAAAGUGGCAAAUAAUUGGGGAAAACGACAGUUUUGCUUUGACCACAAACCAUUGAUCCAAUAUUUGAAUCGGUGAUACCUACAGUUACAAUGUUGCAAUGAUGUAACAAAACUAAUUUCAGUCGAUAACACAAAUUACUGUUUGGUAACAAAACAAUUUGUUCGCGCCAUUUAACAAAAGAAAAACACUGAUAUACGCAAACUCAUGACAUUCAAAAUUAAGUGUCGAGUAACCCCUAGAUAAGUCUGACACCUAUAAAAAUAUAUUUUGUCCAAACAUCGCGGCAAACAACGUUUAUUGCUUGUUAUAAUUGUCAUUUGGUAAUUUUACAACAAUUGACAUUUGACGUCGGCUUAUUUAAUAGUCAGUCGUAACCUACUGACACCAAUUUACAAUCAUCAUAUCCUGACAAUUUAAAGUGAUAAGAUACGUCUUAACCCUCUGAUAACAAUAAAAAAAACUUUUUGAUCUCUUUUUUCUAAAGUCGCACCGAACAGAUUAGAAUAUUAAGGACCGAUACACUUUAAAGAUUUUUAACAUGAAUAUAUAUUGCAAAUUGUUGGCAAGGAUUUUAUUUAGUAAUUUGCAUUUUGUCGCCAUUAAAAUUGAUUAGCAUACAAAUUGUUUUCCUAAUUUAUUCAGGGCUGACUAAACAUAAUAUAAAAUGAUUCUCAUCACGGACAUUAAUUGUAAGAACAUACGAUCGAGCUAAGUUUUCUUUGCGACAUCGUUAUAUUUUAAGUUCGAUUUAUAUUGGAAGUAAUGUGUAGUAAUAAAUAUAAAUGGUUACUAACUGUACAUUUUUGUAGUCGGAAACAAUAUCUUAGGUACAAAAUAUAUUGAUUAAGUUUUAAUUUAUAUUUAUAGAUGAAUGUGAGGUGGAAGACGGAUAUUUGUAAAUUGACUAUCACACUGUAUGUAAGAUGUAAAAAGGUAUGUUACGUGAGUAAUUUAUUGAAUCAAAAUAUAACACGAUUAAACACAAUA